GAUAUAAACAGCAACAGGAAAAUCAAUAAGAAGCCAUCGACUAGUGCGUGUUAUUAUAUCUGUCAAGACUGUUUGGUGCAUCUUGGUGAUCUAGGUAAUAAAAUAAUAUAAUUUUCACUAUCACCUGUAUUCUAAAAGCUCACUCACACUCAAAGAGUGGAGCUUUUCUUGAGUGUCUGCUGUUUUUGAAUAGCGGGAGGGUGAGUAGUCGCAUAGUAAGGUACGAGACUAACCCUCCGGCUAUUCAAAAACAGCAUUGACACUCAAGGGAAGCUCAGAUUGAACCUCCACUCUUUGAGUUUGAGUGAACUUUCAGAAUACAGGCGUAUCAGUGCCUUACACUUAUACGUCUGUAGAUAGUCAGAAUUUUCAAAUUUAUUUGAGAUUUUUUCCCCAGCUCGUUACAGAAAUGAAACUGUGGAAGCUGAAGUCUACUACAAGCAAGCCUUGCAACUGGUCCCAACGAAUGGUAUAUACAUGCAUGCUUAUGUUUUGAACCUUAUACAGUACAUGCAUCUCAGGCUUUGAAAUUUGUGGUAUUCCGAUAUCCACAGGAUACUGGGUUUCAAAUUUCAAUUCUCUUUCGCAAAGGUAUCCCAUUGAAGAGUGCUGAAAAUUUCAAGCCUUUCGGCUUUUUGCAUAUUCUACAAUUACCAGGGGUUAAAAAUGCUUCAGAAAUGCCGUAACUAUAUAGGUCGUUUUGCCCAUGUUUUCUGCUGUGCAUUUCCAGUAAAUAAGAAUAAAGAUGUUUGCGAGCAUUUAUCGAGUUUCAAAGCAUUAGCCAUUCCGAAGUUGAUGAGAGGACUGGGGACGAGUGUUAAAAAGUGCCCAAAUUAAGAAAUGAACCAAAUCACUAAAAAGACCACCUCAAAAUUAGUAAGUAUACAAAGUUUGAAGACGUUUACAUGAAUACACUUCGAAUAAUAAGCUUUCGAAAAUUGUGAUAUUUACUAUGAAAUGUAAUUCUUGUUUUUGAGACGCGCGUCCCAAAAACAAUCUUUUAAUCAGUAAUUUCACAAUUUUCGAAGGCUUAUUAUUCGAAGGGUAUUCAUGUAAACGUCUUCAAACUUUGUAUACUUACUAAUUUUGAGGUGGUCUUUGUAGUUAUUGGGUUCAUUUCUUAAUUUGGACACUUUUUAACACUCGUCCCCAGUCCACUCAUCAACUUCGGAAUGGCUAAUUGAGAAGAUCAGCGUUACUGCAUGCAAUACACCUUUUCGGAUAGUACAUCAUUUAGAGCCUCGUUUUCGGGUAUGUGAUAUUAGUACAUAUAUAUAUCAAUGGCGAAAACGAGGCUCUAUAGCCAGAAGGGUGUAAAAGAUAUUCCAGAAGGGUGUGAAAGCAAAUUCCAGUCAACUUUUCGUUGUAGACUAAUUUGAACAUCAAAAUUUCUGUUCUGGGACCAUUUUUGCCUACGCCCCUAAACACAAAGGAGCUGCAUUAAGUGUUUGUUAUAAUUAGAGUUCUAAAACGCACAAAGAAUUGACGUGUGUGUUUAAUGGGUUUUUUACAGGUCAGCCCUACAAUCAACUGGCGAUUUUAGCCAGCUCGCGUGCUGAUACGCUGGGAACUGUGUAUUUUUAUUGCCGAAGGUCAGUCAGAAUAUUAACAUGCGGUUUUUUUCAAAUUUUGUCACAGAUGUGAUUAAUACACACGUUAAUUAAAACGCACAAGUUGUUACAAGUCUGCAAAAAAGUUGUUACAAAUAUGUUCACAAACUGUCAACAAGUUGUCCUCGCACGGCUUGUUCCCAGUUCUUGUAACAAGUUUGGAUCAAACUAUUAAUAACUUGUAACAAGCUUGAUGGCAUUAUCAGACUUGUAGCAAAGUUGUUCUAACAAGUCUGAUACAUAUAAUACUAUUGUAUUGAAACACCACGUAAAUUUAUAAUACAAUCAUGAUAAUGAAUCUGAUACAAUCAUGAUAUAACAUAAGUCUGAUACAAUCAUGAUAUAACAAGAAUGUUACAAGGUUGAUGACACAAGGUUGUAACAAUACUGCUAUAUCAUGACUGUAUCGGACUUGUUGGAACAACCUUGUAACAAGCCUGAUAAUAUCAACAAGGUUGUUACAAAUUGUUAACAGCUUGUUCCAAACUUGUUGACAACUUGUGACAAGCAGUGCGAAGACAACUUGUUGACUGCUUGUUAACAAACUUGUUACAAGAUGUAAGAUUUCUGCUUGUGUAUGUGCCAUGCCUGAAUUUGUACGCCCAAUAAUAUUUCGUCAAAUGUCCGCCGAUAACUGCAAGGCAGUUAAAAUCUCUUUAUGUGAUAUAUUUGAGGAGAGUCAAGGGUUACAUUAGCGAUGCUCUAUCGCUGGUCUCAUUAACUCGUUGUUUUCAAAAGUUUUUAAUACUGUUUGUUCUCUUUUCCUUUAGUAUUGCCGUAAAGAAUCAGUUCCCUGCUGCAUCUACGAAUCUGAAUAAAACAUUCAGUAAGGCGUGUCAAUCUGGAAACAGGUAAGCAAUGUCAAAGAAAAGCUGAAUCAAAUAAAGUAAAUACUGUUGUUAAUGUCUCAACCACCUCAAAAAUUAUUAAAACCACUUUGAUUUUGAAGGGAAGACACUGUCUACAGCAUGUACCAAUUUCCAAUUAGAAUGAUUUUUUCUGUCCGACGUUCAUUGGGUUCUAAUAGGAAAAUUUAAGUUCCUAUUGGAAUUCCAAUUGGAUUUUUUUUGUAAAGUUUGGACAACUUGGGUUCUCACUUUUGUGAUAUAUCAGCUGUACGAACAGUUAUAUUCAGACGUUCAUCAAUUUAAUAGUUGACAAUGUUUUCUUUGAAAAAUAUUUUUUCAGUUCACCUCCUGUUGAAAAGAUCGCCAAAGCUGAAUUUAUCCAAAUGUUCAUUCAGUUUCAUGGUUGCAUUUAUCUUGCCCAAGGUAGGUUGUUAAAUUCCGCAUUAGAAUGAAGGUCGAACAGUAUAUGCUCUCAUUGUUUUAUGACCACAGUAAUUUGAGUAAUAACAUGAUGAUAAGCGAACUGUGAACAACAAUUACAAUUCAUUAAUUCAAAUACAAUAAUCAAGCAAGACUUUGCAGCAGUCAAGCAAGUUGAUGGCCGGGCGGCACACAUGACCGACACAACUCGGCACCAGAACUGGCAGAGCAUCCCACCCCACCCCCUCCCUCCCCCACCACACCAUGCUGGAUCCAUCCCUGUUUAUGACAUAACGUUUUGGACAGUUUUUAGUGCAUGUCAGUGACUGUGAUUCGAUUCCAGGAAAGACACUAAUUUUAUGUCAGUCAAUGUCAGUCACAUUUUAGAUAAGUGCUACCAGUACCAGAGUUUGUCUAUACCGCAGAUUUUCUCCUAUUUUCCCCCUGUUUCUCUUGUGGUUAUACUUGAGCAACAAGAGAUGACUCUUGAUAGGCUUCCAGGAAGAACAGUUUAGGGCUAUCCAGUAAAAAUCGUCAAGUUUAUUUUAUAUUUUCAUGCGAUUAUUUGUUUAGAUCUCAAUGUUGCCAAGCCAUUAACUGAGAAAGCAAUCCCUGAACUGAAGGUACGUUUCAUUCGCAUAGUAUAUUGAUUCCCUUAAGAUAAACUUGCGAAGGAUGCAUUGAUUCUCUCUCAUAUUUAGACGUUGCUAGAAUCAGAUGAUCUUCCUGCGAGUGAUCUUAUCAAGUUGGUUACCAUCAAUCUAUUCCUACUGUAUCACAUCGCCUCUCUUGAUGAUGGUGAUGAUUAUGACAGCCUUGGGAAAGAUGAUCACCACGUAUGAAUUUUUUGUUUUAUUGUACAAUGAAACCCUAGCUAGGAAACUCUCUGAAUAUUAAGAUACCAGGAUAGUACAAUGUUUUUGAUAUAUUUUCUUUUUUGUUUAGGAUUCCUGGGUUGUUACUUUGGACUUUACAAGUAAGGCACUUGACUUAUGUGCGUAGUAGAGCGUUCCGGAAAGUACUUAGCCUUGAUAGAAAUCUCGUUUUCAUGAUUGAGAAACCGGUUUUAGAGUACUUUGUCUUGUUACUGGUGACCUAAUAAAUAUCUGUUUUUAUAACUCUAUGAUUUCGUAAAUAUGUCGUCACCUGUAACGGGAUAAACCCAAUAUCUUGAUCACGAAAACGAGGCCAGAUUGCCAAGGCAGAAUACUUAACAGAAGGGUGUAUUCAUUGGAAUAUACUUCAAGGAUAUGAUUAGAUUAGAUUAGAUUAGAUCGGAUGGAACAUGAUAUGAUAUAACAUGACAUGACUUAACUUGACGGAACAACAACAAAGAAUGGAAUUGAAUUGAAUGGAAAAGAAGUAAAGGGAAAGGUGUUUUACCUGAGUUCUUAAUAGACUGAUCUUCCCGUUGUUUUCCAGUGAAAAUGCUGCAGUGUUUUGUGGAGAGAGCCACGCAUCAAGAUGAAGCCGAAGUGAAGAAUUCUGAAGAUUCAUCUCUUACUAGCAUCUUACCAGCUAUAUUUAUCAUUUGUCAAUGGUUGAAAGCUAACUCUCCGAGUAUAUUUAAAGAUGAUGUUGUAACUGAUCAACCUCAGUAAGUUCAAAAUACGAAACGUCCAUGGAGGAAAUUGUAUUCUUACUUAUUCUUUUCAUUUCUUCGUUGUCCUUUUCAGACUUUGGUUGGAUUUUGUGAACAUGUUGAAUAGUUUUGCUGUUGACAGUGGACCAGAAAAAUCAGGUAUUGUAACAAUAACGUAACUCUUUUUACUGUAUGCACGCUGUCUAACUUUAGUACCGAAAUAUGAAACUUAAUAGAAUCAUGCGUUUAUCUUCAUUCAGACGCUGUUUUGCCAGAAGAUCAAGAAUUACAAGGCUUUCUACCACUGCAAAGUGUUCAUAGGUAUGUUUCUAAGUGGCUGUUUAUACUGUCAAUAGGGCGAGCCGGCCCGGGUACCCGAUCUGGCCCGUUUCAGGCGAGAUCCUGCCUUUGUUAUUAUGUCCGCUAAAUUUCAUCUUGUGUUUAUAUGGGCUGAUAUGAGCUGACCUGCCUAAGCAAGAUUGCGCCUCAACUGUCCCGGGAUCUUUGGUGACCGGACUGGGAAUUUCCCAUAUAAACGCAAAUAUCCGGGCUGGCUUGCCAACUCGGGCUGAGUGUUAUUGCUGGCGAGCCUGCCCGCCUCAAUAGUCUCAUGUAAACAGGGGACGAAAUCAGUUCGCCAAAGCGAGCUAGCUCGGGUACCUGGGCUGGCUCGCCUCCACAUAAACAUCCCUAACAACUCUUUUAUGGUUAGGGUUUAGUUUGCUGAAAUGCAUGGGUGACAGAACUGAAGCAGAAGACCAAUGAAAUCUUGUGCCACCCAAAUUUGUCUUCUUUAUGUGAUUUUUUGCACACAUUAUAGAAAGCUGGAGUUGACUUCGAAACAAAGCUCCAAAAAGGAUGAGCUUGUUGAAAGGAAAACAAGACUUGUGGACUUUGGCGUUUAUUUAUCUCGCCAUUCUAACGGGUAUGUGCUUUCCAAAAACAACCGAGAACUGUAUAGUGCUUGCAUUAUUCCAUAGUACAACAUUAUUUAAAUUUAAUCUUUUUUAGAAUUGUUUCCUGUCAAAAAAGAGACAAUGGAUACUACAGGUUUAUUUCU